AUGCUCAUGAGCAACUUGGAGCGUCUAUAUGUUCCGGGUGCCCAGAUAACUAUAUAUGAGCAAUUGUUCCCGUACCGAGGCCACACGCGUUUCACCCAGUAUAUUCCAUCGAAACCAGCAAAAUACGGAACUAAAGUCUGGUGGAUGUGUGACGCCAAUUCCAAUUACCCACUGAAAGGAAUAAUAUAUGUUGGAAAACAGGCAAAUGAAGCGCGUGCGGUAAAUCAAGGCGAGAAUGUUGUUCUUAAAUUGGUCGAAAAAUACGCCGGUUCUGGACGAACAAUAUAUGCCGAUAAUUUCUUCUCGUCUUUUGAUUUGGCCACGGCUUUGGUGACAAAACGGUUGGCAUAUGUAGGAACCAUGCGCAAAAACAAAGCCUGCAUACCGAAGGAGAUGUUGGAUCCAAAACGAGAUGUAUUCAGUACAGUAUUCGGUUACCACAAUAAUAACAUCGCACUAUGCUCAUACGUGCCAAAAAAGAAAAAAGUUGUGGUUCUCAUCUCGACCGAACAUUACAAUUCCGCCGUCGACUCAUCGAAGCCAUCGAAGAAGCCAUUUCAAAUUCUGGACUACAAUAAGUAUAAAUCCGGAGUGGGCACCAUGGAUCAGAUG